AUGGACUUCUGGGUCUUUGACUUUGCCAUUCGCGACACCCUGUCUACUUUACAAGCGAGGUCGCAUAUUUGCGAGCUUUGCCGCCUGCUCUACGCCUCCUCGAAGAAGUUGACCGUCAUGAGCUCCGUCGAGUUCCGCAGAGUCGGUUCAGUCCUGACAUUGGGGACCCCAGAAGCCCCAGCUCUGUCUAUAUGCAGGGCCAACUUGAAUUACUUGAACGGCCGUAAUAAUCCACCUGAAGAGAUCCAAAUCGGAUUUCCUAAACUGCCCGAGAUUGGUAGUCUCACACAAUUUGAGGUCCUCCGCCAAUGGCUCGAGGACUGCGACAACAACCACAACAGGUGCUAUUCGGACGGCUUCGGGCCCUAUCCUGCCAGAACUCCGACCAGGCUCAUUGACGUUGGCCAAGGAAUGAACUCAGAAACAGUGCGACUGCUCGAGACAGUGGACCUGCAGGAGGAGAUAGGCCACAGCCAACCUGUCCAAUUCAGCUACAUUGCGUUGUCGCAUCCGUGGGGCGACAGAAACCACCACCAACACUUUUGUACUACUUGGGAGAACAUCGACGACCACAAGACCGGAAUUCUUGAUAGCAAUCUCCCGAACACCUUCAGAGACGCCGUCAGGGUCACGCGGGAGCUCAAUGUACGCUACCUCUGGAUCGACUCUUUGUGCAUUGUGCAAGGCGAGGACGGCGACUUUGAGGAGGAGGCCCAGCACAUGGAGACAGUCUUCAGCUCGGCCUUUUGCGUAAUCGCCGCAAGUUGCGCGACGGGGACGUCGGAUGGGUUUCUGCAGCAGAGACCGAACCGGACGGUCGUAACGAUUGAUAGGUCCCCAGAGAGCCCGUUCUACAUCUGCGAGGCUAUCGACGACUUCCAGCGCUACGUGGUGGAGGGACCUUUGAACAAGAGGGGCUGGGUUCUGCAGGAGCGUGCCCUUGCGCGGCGGACCAUCUACUUCACCGAAAGACAGGUAUACUGGGAGUGCGGCGACGGCAUCCGCUGCGAAACGCUAACAAGAAUGAGAAAGUGA